AUGAGUGAUGUUGAAAGUGCUGAUAAUAAUGUAGUAGUUGAAGAAAAGGCUGUUUUUGAUAAUGUUACAGCAAUUCAAAAGGUUAUUAAAAAUGCUCACGUACACGACGGACUAAAAAUUGGAAUUAGAGAAGUUAUAAAAUCCAUCGAAUCUCAAGAAGCAAAAGUAUGUUUCUUAUCAGAUGUAUGCUCAGAACCAGCAUAUAAAAAAUUAAUUACUACCUUAUGUGCUGAAAAAAACAUCCCAUUAUUUAUGGUACAAAAUGAUAGUAAAGAUUUAGGACAUUGGGCUGGUUUAUUUAAAUUAGAUAAUGAAGGAAAUGCAAGAAAAAUUAUUGGAGCUAGUUCUGUUGCUGUUGUUGAUUUUGGAGAGGACUCAGCAGAAAAAGACUUUUUAUUAUCACAAAAUCAAACUGUUACUGCUUAA